GUGUGGCCUACGGGAGCCGAGUUAGGCCCCAAAAGCUCCCGGUUCGGUGCCGCCUGGGCGGGAGGGAAUGAAUGGGUGCUGAGUUGGGGGCGCGUCCGCUCUGGGGACAGGCGUUAAACGUGUGAGCGGCCGCAGCAUGGAGGACGACGCGCCGGUGAUCUACGGGCUGGAGUUCCAGGCACGUGCUCUGACACCUCAGACUGCAGAAACAGAUGCCAUUCGGUUUUUGGUUGGGACGCAGUCUCUUAAAUAUGAUAAUCAGAUCCACAUCAUCGAUUUUGAUGACGAAAAUAACAUCAUCAGUAAGAAUGUCCUCCUCCAUCAAGUGGGUGAGAUCUGGCACAUUAGUGCCAGUCCUGCGGACAAAGGUGUGCUGGCCACCUGCUACAACAAACCCUCAGACAGCAAGGUCCUGACGUGUGCGGCCGUGUGGAGGAUGCCAAAGGAAUUGGAGCCCGGCAGCCACGAGUCCCCUGAUGACUCAUCGAGCCCCGCGCACACCCUGGAGCUGCUCUGUCACCUUGACGACACGGCCCACGGCAGCGUGGCCUGUGUGGUGUGGGAGCCCACGGGGGACGGGAGGAGAGUCAUCUCGCUGGCCGACAGCCACAUCCUGCUAUGGGACCUGCAGGAGAGCUCCAGCCAGGCCGUGUACCUAUCUCUUGCCUGGAACGGAAGUGACCCUUUAACUUUGUGCCAAGAGAGGAUCAAUAGGUUGCACUUGCUGCCCAUGAAGGCGGAACAGAGACCUCACCUGGGGUGUUGUAAGCUGGCCGGUUCGGCGUCCCUGGAAGGGAAGGGACAGCUGAAGUUCACCUCGGGACGGUGGAGCCCUCACCACACCUGUACCCAGGUGGCCACCGCGAAUGACACGACCAUCCGAGGGUGGGACACGCGGAGCAUGAGUCAGAUCUACUGCAUAGAGAACGCCCACGGACAGCUGGUGCGGGACCUGGACUUCAACCCCAACAAGCAGUACUACCUCGCCAGCUGCGGGGACGACUGCAGGGUCAAGUUCUGGGACACCCGAAAUGUCACCGAGCCCGUGAAGACCCUGGAGGAGCACUCGCACUGGGUGUGGAGCGUCCGCUACAACCACUCGCACGACCAGCUCGUGCUCACGGGCAGCAGCGACAGCAGGGUCAUCCUGUCCAACAUGGUGUCCAUCUCCUCCGAGCCCUUCGGCCACCUGGUGGACGACGACGACCUGAGUGACCAGGAGGAGCGCCGUCCGGAGGAGAAGAGCCAGGAGCCCCCGCAGGACAGCGUCAUCGCGACCUACGAGGAGCACGAGGACAGCGUGUACGCCGUGGACUGGUCGUCCGCCGACCCCUGGCUGUUCGCCUCCCUGAGCUACGACGGGAGGCUCGUCAUCAACCGGGUGCCCAGGGCCCUGAAGUACCACAUACUGCUGUAGCGCGUCCCCGGCCGUCCUCGGCCGGCUCUCCCACCCCCGCGUCUGUUUGGAGGCGGCUGUCCCCACAGGCUGCUCGCCGGGAACCGGCCUCACCUGCGUUCGCGGCGGGAGCCCCCGCGGCUGUGCAGCCGGGCCUCGGCGAGGGGCCCCGUCUCUGGGGAUGGCGCCAGGACGUGCUGCCCGUCGGUCGCCGUCGGCCUUCUCUGGUCUCUUCGAGGGUGCUGGGAGGGUCACUGAAAGAAAAUGGUAUCUGUUUCCGUAACACUGACUCCCGUUUCUCUUGAGAUUAAAAGCAAAAUGAGCAA